AUGUCGCUGCAACGAAAGGUCCGCAUAAAGAAGCUGAACUCAAAGACGGCUCUUCCAGUCCUCAUCGAGGGCCAAAUCAACCCAGAUGAAUAUGAAUCUCUAACUACCGAUAUUUCAUCUACUGCCGGCGUCGACCAAGGAGAGAGCAAUGAAGUUCAUUUGCAAGCUGCCAUCAAGGGCACUGGAACCACAAAGGAGGACAAUGAGAUUCCAGUGCCCCCGCCUCAGGAGAGCGAAGAGGUCAACUAUGAUGACAUAUAUCCUCGCGUCUACCCAGAACCCCGGAAUUAUAUCAAAUUCUCGGAGACUGUGGAGGAGACGCUAGGUUGUCUUUAUGACAUGACGACAGAGGAUGACGAAUAUUUGAAAACUUACAACGCAAAAAAGUCGCCAAAGGAGCAACUAUCAGAAGAUGACUUUGAGCGCAUCAUGGAGCUCUUUGAGCAAACGGCUGCGGGGGAAGCCCCUUUCGCAGCCGUAGACAACACCGUCGUUCCGUAUGAGACCAUGGUCAUGCACAUGCUACAUACGCCUGUUCACAAGCUUCAGACUCAUGCCAAGGUGGUAUACGAGCACUGGAAAGGGUUGCGCCAGGACAAGGGCAAACUGCAUCCCUCUCUCAAGUUUGAAACUCAUUCCGAACAGGACGACUUGGAUCCCUACGUCUGUUUCCGAAGACGCGAAGUCCGCCAGACAAGGAAAACCAGACAGCGGGAUGUCCAGGUUGCAGACAAGCUCAAGAAAUUGCGCAGGGAGCUCGAGGAUGCUCGGCUACUCGUAAUGAUGUCUCAACAUCGUGAGGCUUUGAAACAAGAGCUCUUGUCUUUGGAUAAAAAGUUGUUUGAGCAUCGUGCCAUUUUUAAGGAGAAGAAGAACCGGCUCGGCAUUCCCAAAAACGAGGACGAGGAUCUACUCAUCAAUUCAAAGCCAACGACAGCACAGAAGCGCAAGGCCCAAGAGGUCCAACCGCCCGUCCGUGCUGCACAGAACACACAGUCACGCCUCGUGGUUCGCGUGGACGGCAGGCCCACCGAGCAGGAUUUGCCCUUGCUGUCUGAAAAGAUUGAGGAGAAAUGGGCUGAACUGCGUCGUGACGUUGAGCACAAGGCGACGACACACAAUAUGUGGAAUCGUGACUAUAUCGAUCUCACAGACAAGCCACUGCCUCCUGUCAAAAGAGAGCAAGAGCAGAGCUUUAGGCCAGCGAAGCCAACGUUUCUUCCCACUCCGCCGUCUAGUGAGUCGGAUCAAAUGGAGUUGGAUGUUGAGGAAUGUGAGACCUCUUUCACGGGAGCACUGUCCUCGCAACUUGAGCAGUUUGGUAUCGGUCAUCCAUCACCACUGUUUGAUGAACAACCCACUUUUAGCUUUCGCCGUCGUCAAGGAAGGGGUGGUCGGCUCUGGGUUGACCGUCGAAGGAUCGAUCGUCGGGAUCCAGCCACGCGCCUGGCUAGUCCUCCAAGUGAUAUGGAUGUCGAUGAAGCCCGUCAGUUCGACCGUGCAAAGUAUGACCAGGACAGCGAUAGUGAAGACGAUCAGGUCUACCACAUCGACCCAUAUGAUCAACGGGCGCUUAAAUUUCGCGCGCUGAUACCGCCGCCUGUUCCCACAGCACCUCGAGGAUACUAUCGGCAAUUGCCCGAAGGCGCCAAUGGCGCACCGAAUCGUCCGACUCCAUCUCAGCCGUCUUCGGCAGCUCCAACGCAGACACAAACGCCGCAAGCACAAGCACAAGUGCAGGCGCAGCCCCAAGUCCAAGCUCAAGCUCAGUCACAACCACAAUCCGCGGCAUCUUAG